AUGAGUUGUGGGUGUGAGAAAAAGUGCAAAUGUGAAGGCAGUGAAGCGAUCACUUGUGGGUGCUGCUGCCAAGAUGGGAAGUGCUGCUGUGACUUCAAAUGCAAAUGUGGUGCUGAAGGGAAGUGUGAGUGCUGCUGUUGCUGCAAAGAGGGAAAGUGCCAAUGCAAGACAUUUGCAACUGGGAUGACCAUCACCUGUGAGUGCUGCUGUGAGGGAUGCAAAUGCACAUGUGAGUGCAAAUGUGGAGAGAAGAAGGUGUGCCAAUGCCAGAAAGAAGCAUCAAGUGGGUGCUGUUGUAGAAAGACAUGCUAA